AUGUACACUGCAUUAACGUCCGUCCUUGUACAACGAGAAACCCCGUGUGCCGAAAAUGACCAAUCGGAUCGCAAGGAUCACACACUUCUCUGCGACCCUUGUGAUCCAAUUGGUCAUUUUCGGCACACGGGGUUUUUCGUCAUACAGGGACAGUCUUUACUAGCAGACUCCUACCGCUGGAUCCUUGACAACACCACGUUUAGGCAGUGGCAUAAGGACCAACAAAGCAGACUGCUAUGGGUGAAAGGCGAUCCUGGCAAGGGAAAGACAAUGCUACUAAUGUCCCUCCCUGAGUGCUGGGACACCCGCCGUGCUGGGACAAAUGAGGGGUACUUUGACUUUCAACAGAUCGCUUUCUACGCACAUGUUGAUAGUUGUCAGAUAUGA